UUUUUAAGGUCAGAAAUGCCCUCGUAUAACCAGGUUAAUGACCCUGACGGCCCUAUGAAAACCAGAGACUCGCUCCCGCGUUCAAGGACUCGUCCCGGGAGAGGGAAAAAAACGAUGCACAGAUGGUGGAGAUUCCGAUCGCCUGCCCUUUCCGCGCUCCGUGCUGUCCGCCAUCUUCCUUCGUCUCGGAGCUUCUUCCACUCUCAGGCUACGACUAAUGGGGCGCUUCUUCUUCUCCGUGAGAGACCGUUUGGCGCGUCGUCUCUCGGCCUUCUGUCACGACGAUCGGGGAGGAUGCCUUCGGAAUUGGGGCCUAGGUCUCCAUUUUUUCCCUUCACGCUUCAGAUAAAUCAGGUGAGAGAUUUUUCAUCUAAAGAAAGGAAGAGAACAAAGGUCACACCUGUCACAUCCAAGUUGAAAAAGAUCAAGAUGAAAGCUUACUCGUCUUAUAAGUUCAGAUUUAGAACCAUGAAUGAUGGGAAAAUUCGUCGUUGGAGAGAAGGGAAAAGGCAUAAUGCUCAUUUGAAGUCCAAGAAGGCAAAACGCAGACUACGAAAGCCUGCAAUUGUUCCUGCAGCUUAUGCCAAGGUGAUGAAGAAGCUCAACUUCUGUGGUUAGGAUAGCCUCAUCAGCUUGGUGCCAGUGUUCUUUCUACUACAGCUUAUGCUUUCAAGAUCAGCAAUAAAACGAAAUUGUUGCCCGUGUAAUUUUGGACACCACUCAAGCUCCAAUCAUUUUUCUUUACCUUUGAUUAGUUAUGUGCUGUUUUACCUUGCCUUCUUGUGGUCGUUUUCUGUCUCGUUCCCUCAUGCUUUGAGAUAUCCGACAGAACACAUACUAAGAGGUGAUGGUACCUUUGAAAAUGCAUAGGGGUACUGAGGAGGUAGGCAUCUGAUGCUACGAAUUUAGAUUAAGUCAUACUGGAUGCUUGAUGGAUAACAACAGAAAUUUAGUGGUCCUUGACUGGUGCAGGCCUUUGGCUUGAUAAAUCGGAAAUUGGAUAUCUGAUUUAUGAUUUAGUUUGGGCAUUGUCGAGUUUAGCAUGUGUCUGUAUUUUGGUGGACAUUGUUUCUGUUUCCGUCACAUUGAUACAAUAUACCAUCUCCUUGGAAGCAGUUAUUUUAUUGGGCA